ACAUUACUGUAUAAAUAGCGCAACACGUGGAAAUAAGAACAAUAAUUAUCAUGACAGUGUACAGAAGAAGAAGAAGAAUGAUCUGAUAGUGUGGAUAUUAUACGAUUUUUUCUUUAAACAUGAAGAAGGAAGGUCCUUUCUCAAUGUCUCAAGCUUUAGAGCUUCUUCACGGAGAGCUCUUCAGGGAACUAGAGGGUUACAUGUUUGCUCAGAAUCGUGAUAAAUGGAGGCAUUGGCGUGCUGUAUUUCACCAUGCCCGGGUCAAGUCCCUAUACCACUGGACAACUAUUUUAAUUUCUCUGGUGCUGACUGUGGCUUUAUUUGUUGCCUAUGGAUUCUCAAAUGAUAAAGGGAGCAGUGACAGUGUGUGGCUGGUGGUGGAAGGGAGCAUGAUCCUGGCUUGUGUCCUUUUCAACGUCUUCCUGGCUGUACACACGUGUGAAUAUGAGCGAUCGGAAUUCGUGCAGCUGCUGCGGCACAUCCUUGACCAGCUCUCAGUAUGUAUGAAGUACAACACAUGGAACAAGGCGUAUUUUCCAAGACUGGAUGCCCCAUUUUCCCCGUGCUGCUCUCUGCAGUGGACAAUGCGGGAUGACCAGGUGUACAACAUCCCUGUACUGCUCCUUGUCAAGGGUGACAUCAUCUUGCUCCGACCUGGCCACAAGGCUCCGGCACAAUGUUCUUUACAACAUGAUGGUUUGGGUGAGGAUGCAGAGGAUCUUUUGCUGGAGGAAAACGAGAUAUUUGCCCCGGACUCUGGCAAACACGGCGAGGUUUUCACCCAGCCAAAGGGCAGGCAACCCAGGAAACCUGCCAGGUUUUUGCUCCUAGAUACACCAGCCACGACACUGGUUCGUCAAAUCUUAUCAGACUGCAAACGGCCUGCCAGUACCAUUGAACAUGAGAAGUUCCUGAUAAUGACACACUGGAUUGAAAGGAGAAUCAUCCCUGUUGUUUGUGUAGUGAUGCUGGUUGUGAAUAUUCUACGCUAUAUUUACCUUGGCGGGCAUGUGGGCCACUGGACAGACAUGAUCAUACUCCUGCAGGUUCAAGCAAUUGUGCCCCUUGUGCCUCUGAUUGUUCCCCUGAUGUAUCUCCUCAUCAACUUCUAUGGCCAGGCAAGGGUCUUCGCUGCCUUUGAGGCCGAGAAGGGAACGAAGUCGCUGGGUGAUGACAGUUUUGACAGUGACAGCUCCAUAUCAGCUGACGAGGCUCGUGUGGACCUGCCCUGGCCACACGUGCUUGAAUGGUUCCGUAACAUUCUGCUUGGGAGGGUGCAUGUCACCACACGCAAUGUCAAUGUUACACACAUACUUGGCUCUGUUACUUCUCUAUGUUGUGUGGACAAGAAGGGUAUUCUUUCGUACCCGAACCCAACCCCAGAAAAGAUAUUUUUCCUGCACAGGGAGCAUGCAGAGUCCGGGACAUCUGUAACCCAUUCUGAGUCCAAGCAUGCUACAGAUAAGCCCAAACCUGCAGGGAAAUUUGUGGAUCAUGCUGUCAAGAGCACAUGUGUCGAGGUUCUAGACGUGACAUCAGAUCCCAAGAACUCGUUUGCUGUCCUUUUUGACGACCCCAGCUGGAAGCAGCACAUGAACUCUCUCAAGCCUCUUGGUCUGACAAUCCUAGCAAACACAUGUAACCUCAACACAGCGCAGUGGUAUAGCCAGUUCACGGACCAUGUGGCCUGUGCAGGGCUCGAAAAUGAGGAAACAGUGGCUGUCAUUAACAGGAGGUGCCUGUGUGCCCUGGCCCGGGAGAUGGGCUUCUCUACAAACGCUCUCAACAUCUUCUACCAGGAACGCACCCUCGGCGUCUACCAACAAGUGUCUGCAGAGAUGACGACAAAGGAGCGACUCCAGAGAGCCAAGUCGUUCAUCCAACACAAGAUCCCCAUGCCCAACAUGGUCUCCAUCAUUCUGCGGGAGAAACUGUCAGGUGCAUGUCAGAUGUUGUCUCAGGGCACAGCAGACAUCUUGUUGGCCCACUGUACAGACUUCUGGGAUGGUGAAGAUCUUGCCCCACUCACAACUUCUGACAGAAAGAAGAUCCUGGACUUUUACCACCGCACCAGUAUUGGGUCAUACUGUACAGCCUUCUCAUACUGCCCACUUAGGCAGAGGCUGCUGACAGGCCUGGAAGACGUGUACAUUGAGCUGCCGGAUGACACCCAGCGCUCCAAUCUCCAUGGCAGCCUAUCAUCCAUUGAUGAAGACCAGGAUCUGCUAUGUGAUCCAGUGAGUGGCAGGGGUUCGUGGGAGCUUCCACGCUCCUUCUCUGCUGACUCUCUUACAGAAGCAGCCAAUAUUGGCUCGUUGGAGGACGUGCCAACCCUCGUACAGGCACAUAACAGCCAGGUGUUCAUUGGAAUGGUCACCAUGCAGUACCAGGCUAGGCUGGAUUUUAUCCAGCUUAUUGACAAGCUAGAAGGGGCCUGUAUUCGUUUUGUUCAUUUCUCGCAGGAGAAUGAAGUCAGAAGCAGGGUGUUUGCAGAGAAGAUGGGUCUGGAAGCUGGCUGGAACUGCCAUAUCUCCCUGCGCUCAGAGAGGCAGUAUCUGUCAGCCACCUCCGCAAAUGUGUCUGUACAUGAGGUGCCGCAGGAUGAGAUGCAAUCACAGACUUGCAGUGGUAAUCCUGUUAGCAGGAAUAAGGACACAGCAGCGGGUGACACAGAGGACAGCCUGCAGGCCUCUCAGCGUAAGAUCAGUACCAGUGCUCCCAGUGUUGUCCAUCUUGGCUCAUCACAAGUCAAAUUUGAACCAAAGGUACAGACAGCAAUAGUGAGCCCAAGACGGUUGAGGAGGGAGGCAGCGGAGGAUUACCACACAGCCACAACUGAAGAGAUACUCCUCCUCAACACAAAACAGGGCGAGUAUGAGGAUGAGGCAUUACUGAGCGGUGGGGAAUACAGCUGGAUGGGGGAGGAGGAGGAGCUGUCCCGGCAUGCCUCCAGCUACAUCACAGAGAACACUGAGGACAGCCUUGCAUUUGACAACAGGGCCAAGCUACCUCGAGGCAUAGAGAACAUCCGCCCACAUCUGAGCAGUAUUGACAAUGUUCCUCUACUGGUGAAUCUUUUCACUGACUGCUCACCAGAAACAACUGGGGAGAUGAUCCAGAUAAUGCAGGAGCAUGGUGAGGUGGUGCUAUGUGUCGGCAGCUCCGCUAACACCCAGAACACGCCCCUCUUCCUCAGGGCAGACUGCAGUCUGGCCCUUGAGCCAUUGUGUCCCCAGGUGUGUUUGCAGCAACCACCCCCCAGCCUACUGUGGGACCAGGACUUCCCCACCCCCCUCCAGCUGGCUAGCUCUUUCAUCAGUGUCAUAUGCCCCAUCAUCAUCAACAAGGAUGGAAAUAUCAGCCUUAUACAUCUCAUUGCAGAGGCGCGGAACCAGCUGAUGUGUCUGCGCAACUGUUUCUACUUCAUGCUGUGCUGCAGCUUGUCAGUGACGGGUGGUCAGUUGGUGUCCAGUGUUGUCCAGCUUCCCACCCUGCUACCCCCUCAGCACCUCCUCUGGCUCGUCCUUAUAGUCAUACCUCUGCUGGGCCUCACAAUGAUGGGAAAUCCCGUCGACCACAGAGUUAUGUCCCUUGCCACUAGCAAGAAUAACAGCCAUCUUUCUAAUGAGAUGAUAGUGAGGUUCACGGUGUACUAUGUGUUGCGGUUUGGUCUGCCCGUUGCAGUUGCGUUGAUCUGUUAUGGCCUCACACUGCACUCAUACUGCCAGACACUCGCACACACACACAGCCACACUAACUGCGCUGUGUUUGACUUCAGAAGUGAGACAUUGUCGGACGAGAGACCCUGGGUGGAGGCAUAUUCUGGUGGCCUGGUGCUUGCUCAAAACAUCUUCAUCUUCCUUCUUGUGCUCUACUUUGAGAUCAUAUCACUAAGUUUUAUCCACUGGAAGGACCACCUGUGGCAGCAAUGUCCCGCCACCAACAGACUCUGGCUAACUAUCACACCUCUACUGUUGUGUGGACAAGCAAUAUUCUGUGUCUGUGAUACAUAUGUGCGUAGCGGAGAAGUGCAAUACACAAUGUCUCUGUCCGACCUUCACCCGGCUGUAUGGGCUCUUGGCCUCUCAUUCCCUCUCAUUAUGAUUGUCAUCAAUGAGCUUGUCAAACACAGAGAGAUCAAGGUUGCAGUCAGAUAUCAAAAAAGAGCAAGGCUGAACUUUGGAACAAAGCUUGGAAUGAAUUCUCCAUUUUAAUGGAAAUUAUUUUGUACUCAUGUGGUUGUUUUUUGUCAGUGCUAAUGUAGGGAUUGUUGUACCAUCUGUGGCCUUCUGUAGUAUUUUUACCCAAUGUCUUUUUCAUGCACAUAUAUAUUAUUUACUUUUUUAUGAAUGAUUUAUAUUUUUAUAGAUGAUUGCGAAAGAAAAAACACUGUGAAUUAUGUUUAUUUCUCAUUAAUUAACUAUUGCCAAAAUAUAUAAUAAACAUGAAAUUUUAAUGGCUCAUCUGAGCAUAAAGUGCAUGUGCCGAUCUAUUAUGAUCACCUGUUCUCCACUGUUCUAAGUCAACAUUUUGCUUAUUUGCAUUAGCAUCAACAUUUAGUUUUAAGAUUUUAUAUAAAUCAGUUUUGUGUCAAUGUUUAGUUCUACUGGCCAAAGGCCAGAAGAGCUAUUGCGAUGGUGGGGGGUAUGUGGAUGUGGUCUGUGUGACUGUAAACAAUUGCUUGUAAACACAAUACAGAUUUUACACUUAUCCAGUGGUUAGAUGUCCAUGAGACCUCGGUUCUUUUGGAAAAAACAGCCAGACAUUCCCAUGCAUAACUGGAUUAUGGUCCUUGAAAUUAUCAAGAUUGCUAUUGUUGCCGGGUAAAAAAUAACAGUCUAAGGGAGGCAGCCUAUUUAAGUUCGACUUUUCGAUGAAUAAGGAGGCUUUUCUACUUGUCUGCGUUGAUGUACGGUUGAAUAUUUAGGAGAAUAUGGUAUUUUCACUUAUUACUCCCAAUACCCUUCAUUUAAAUCACUUUAUACUUCACACGGUAUUUUAGGACAAUCACAAAAUGAGGUUGCAUAACUCCAUAUUAUCCUAAAUACAAAUUAUGGCUCCUGAUUGACUUAGGAACUUAGGUUAAAGUGUUAAGGCACAUUUUGUCAGUUUCAAGUUUUAGGGCAAGUUGGGGUUUUUACUAAUUACUUCUAAAGCCUUCAUUUCAAUUGACUUAAUACUUCACACAUUUAUUGACGACCAUCUUUAAGUUAGGUUACAUCACACCAUUUUAUCUUGAAUACAAAUAAUGGCCCCUUAUUGACUUAGGAACUGAGGUUAAAAUUUUAGGGCACAUUUUGUCCAGUUUAAUUUUUGUCAAAGUUGAGAUGUUCUAAAAUUACUUUUAUACCCUUCAUUUAAUUCGCUUAAUACUUUACAGUUGUUUGUGGCCAUCACACAAUUAGGGUACAUAACUCCAUAUUAUCCUAAAUAUAAUUUUUUGGUCCUUGAUCAAAUAAAAAAGUUGCUGUUUUUGUGCCACUUUGAGUUUAAACAUUAGAUUUUGACUCUUUUUUUGCAUUUGAAAACCACAUUUUUUAGAUAGAUAGGAAGAGUUUAUGAAGACCUUUCAGUGGAUUUUGUUUGGCGCCCCUAGGGUCAAGGUCACUGUUGCUAAAAAUAGAUAACCAUUUGGUACUGAUUACCUUAAGUUUAAGUUGACAUAUUGUGACGAAACUGAAACUGAAUCUCACAACAAAGGCUGAAGUUCUUAUGUCAAUCAUUGGAAUCCUGGUUUCUUGUUAAUGUUUCAAUUUUGACUUUUUUAUUGUUUUGGUGGGCACAUAUUGCAUCAUUUUUGUAUUCAUAUUGUUUAAGAGUUGAAAAUUACAGUUUAAGAGGGUCUUGAUUUUAGCUCUACUGGCUUGAGCUCAGAAGAGCUUAUGUGAUGGCUAGUGUGUAUCAUUCAUGCAUCUAUCUGUACAUAAUUGAUUUUGCACGUUUGUUCAAAUUAUGCCCCUGGAGUAAAAACUGGCCACACCCCUGUGUUCCAUAGACUUAUUUAGGGCAAUCUUUGAAAUUCUACUCAUCUGGAAAUGCUAGGCUCAAACCCUUGAUAGUUUGUAUGUGCUAUUAAAUAGUGAUCCUCAACCAAGAUUGUUCAAAUUAUGUCCCUAGGGUCAAAACUGGCCCUGCCUCAGGAGUCACAAGUUUGCUAUGGACUUUUAUAAGAAAAACUGGUCUCAACCUACAAUGCCCAGACCUUUGAUAUUGGUCAUGUAAUUUCAUACGAUUGCCCACUGAAGCUACAGCAAUGAAAUUUGGAACCUGCUUGGAUGACCUCAACUAGGACCUUUUGACCUACUUUGUUAUUUUUAUUUACAGCAAUGAAAUUUGAACCAUGUGUAUGGUUUUGAAAACAAAUAUCAAUGUAAGAUUACGUUGAAAGUGACUUUUUGACCUUCUUUUUUAUUUUUGAAGCAACAUAAACUAAUCUGCUAUCUACAUUUUCUGUCCUCACAUGUUGAACAUGCAACAAUUUCAGCUAACCCAAAUAAAAUGUUCCAAAUAAACUAGUACAUAAUGUAUGUUGCCAUCUACCUAUACACACAUGCUCUGGAUUGAAAAUAACCACAGCAGCCAUGCCAUUAGAGCUUGGGCCUUUAUGGGCCUCUUGGUUAUGAUACUUUGACCAUGUUUGUUGAAAAUUGGUUAAAAAUAGUAAAUAAAAACUAUUAAGUUAUCACUCUACAGUCAAAAUUUUCGUACCAAACUGGUUCCCACUCAGGGUAUGGUUUGCCAAAAUGGAUUUCACAUAAAAUUAUGACAAAAACCUUAACAUUAUUGUAGACAACAUUUUCAACCUGAUUUUCAUCAAACUUGGAAAGCUUAUAUAGGUUAUAUUCUUGUAUGAAUUUUCUCUUGUCCUCAAUUCGGCUUCAUGUCAUAUUGGACAUGGUCAGUGGUGGUUUUCAAAAUUAGUAUUAUUUUGAUCUAAGAAUGGAGUAGCUAAUGGGAUUACUUGAUAUAAAUAAUGGACCUAUACAGAUAAUGGAGUCAAUGGUUACCAUAAGUUUCAUUUUGAAAUCCACCCAAGAUCAUUUAAAACAUUUGGCAAAUACAUGUAUACUCUGUACCAUUAACAACCCUGUAAUUUGAGAUUACAUCAAGUGCAAUGAUACUGGUACUCCGGUGAGCGAUAUAUGGCCAUUAUUGCCACCUUGUAGAUGAAGUAAAUGUUUACUUUUAAAGUGAAUUAAAGACUAUUUGUUUCAAUGACAUUGCAUUAAUAAUUUUACAUGUUGUUAAUGAAGUAUUAUCUAUAUAUAUAUAUAUAUAUAUAUAUAUAUAUAAAGUUCAGUAUUGUUUGUUAUAGCUUUGAAUUUACAUGGUACCUUUAUAAGUUGUAAAUCAGCAAUACAAGGACUGUUUCUUUUUUUGUAUGUUUAUUCUGAUGUAUGACUUUUAUUUAAUAAUCAAUGUUCAUCGUAAUCAUAAUCAUGAUCUUCCAUCUUUAAAUCACACGUGCAUUGUGAAUGUGUAAUUUAAAAAAUGAAAAUCUUGAUUAUGCAUAUACUGUUGUCAUUGUGUUGUAUUGUUAAUAAAUGAA